ACCUCCCAAAUCCAAUCCACAAUCGGAGCAAAGCUUAGAAACUGACCUCAUGGCGGCGGUGGUGAUCGGAGAGGAAGCCGAUGGCGAUCAGACCUUGAUCGAUGUCUUAGAGCCUUCCAAUGGCCCGAUUGACAUCGUGCGAUACGUGAACUUCGUGAGGGAUCCCGCCGCCGGCGCUAUCGCCACAUUCGAGGGCACGACGCGCGAUACGUUUGAGGGGAAGCGAGUGGUGGAGCUCCGCUACGAGGGGUACGUGCCGAUGGCCUCCCGCCAGCUGCGCGUUAUCUGUGAUGCGGCGCGGGAGAUGUGGGCGGUCCGGCGAAUGGCUGCGGCGCACCGGCUGGGUACGGUGGGGGUUGGGGAGGCGAGCGUAUUCGUGGCGGUUUCGGCUGAGCACCGAGCGGAGGCGAUGGAGGCGUGCAGGUACGUGAUUGAUGAGGUGAAGGCGUCGGUGCCGAUCUGGAAGAAGGAGGUCUACGACGACGGCGAGGUUUGGAAGGAGAACAAGGAGUUUGUGGAGAGGCGGCCGGAGCUAGGGUUUGGAAUGAAGACGAAGGUGCACGAUAAGGUUUCCCGAUGCUGCGGGCAUAAGGUAAGGGUGGAAGCGGAGGGAGAAGAGCCUAAAUAAAAUUUUACUAUCUAAGUUAUCCGUUAUUUAUUACUUUUUUUUUUUUACCUUUUAAUCCUGUAUUUAAUCUCAGUUGAAAUCCAUAUUAAUCCCUGAAUUUCAAUUUUUUAUAAUUGGAACAUUAUAUAUAUAUAAUAAUUCAUUGCAAUGAAUGUACAUAUGGCUGCUGGAUGAAA